AUGGUGAAGUGGGCUGUGGAAUUAGGGGAGUACGACGUGGAGUAUGAGCCAAGGAUGGCUAUUAAGGCGCAGGCCCUUGCGGACUUCAUUCAGGAAACUACUCGCCGCCCGGUACAAGAGUUCUGGAUAGCUUUUGUGGAUGGGUCGGUCACAAAGGAGGGAUGCGGAAUUGGUGUGUAUAUUGUUUCUCCAAGCUCGGAGGUAUAUCAAUUCGACAUAAAAUUCACUUGCAAAUUGUCUAACAACGAGGCUGAGUACGAGACUGUGGUUAGAGGGGCGCACAUUUUAUCAGAGUUGCGGGACGAGUGUGUUAUCAUUAGAACCGAUUCCCAAUUGAUUUCUCAGGAAGAGAAUACGAAGGCAGACUUGUUGGCGCGAAUGGCCAGCGCAAUGGAACAAACAUGGAAUGAUGAGAUUACGCUGCUCUGUGACACCAGAGAAAUGGGGACUUCACAGGUCUUUUCAGUGGAAAUCCGGGAUGACUGGCGCGCACCAAUUAUACACUUUCUUAAUACGGGGGAACGAUUGAGCAAAGAAUCUAAUCAGAGGGCUCGAUACGAGAAUUAUUGUUGCUGUGGUGGGCACACGGGAUUCAGGUUUCUCGUACGAAAAAUAAUUCGUGCAGGGUUUUAUUGGCCUAAUGUCAACAAGGACGUCAGGGAAUUCGUCCGCAAAUGCGAGGCUUGUCAGAGACAUGCUGAGAGAAUCAAUGUCCCCGGGGAAACCAUGGGGGUCAUGUAUGCCGCAUGCCCAUUUGAUAAGUGGGGUAUAGAUAUCGUCGAGAAGUUGCCUACCGCACCAGGAGGCAAGUGUUUUCUCAUAGUGGCGGUGGAUUACUUUUCAAAAUGGGUAGAAGCUGAAGCUGUGGCGAAAAUUGAUGAGGUAACAGUGGAACGGUUCAUCUGGCGAAACAUAUGUUGCCGGUUCGGAGUCCCUAGAAUCAUUGUGUCAGACAAUGGAACCCAAUUCACAGGGCAGAGGAUUGCUGAUUUCUGUGACCGAAUGGACAUCACCCAACGUUUCGUGUCUGUGGCUCAUCCACAAGCAAACAGGCAAGUGGAAUUAGCAAAUAGAUCAAUCUGCGAGGGAAUCAAGAAGCGGCUGAGCCAGAGCAGAGGAAAGUGGGUUGAGGAGUUGGACACUGUCCUUUGGGCCUACCGAACUAGCCCAAAGACAGCAACCGGAGAAGCGCCUUUCACCCUAGUAUACGGAUCCAAUGCAGUAAUACCAGCGGAGGCCAGACUGGAGUCAUACCGCAUCACCACCUACGACACAGAGCAAAAUUCCGAACUCCGAAGAACAGAACUUGACCUUGUGGAAGCACAGAGGGACGAAGCUCAAGUCAUAGCAGCGAAGUACAAAAAGCAUCAUCAAGGCAGGAUACGACAAGCGGGUCAGAGCAAGGAAGCUAGCCAAGGGCGAUCUAGUCCUCAAGAGGGCCGAUGCACUGAAGCCAAUGGGCAAGUUCGAGCCUAA